AUGCCCGUGAUCGCUAUUAAGGACGACGGCGACUUUGAUGUCAAGUUCAAAAAUGCUGGCGAUAAGCUUAUUGUUGUCGACUUCACCGCUACCUGGUGUGGACCAUGCAAAAUGAUUGCUCCAACGUUCGAAGAACUUUCGAACAUGUUUACCGAUGUAGUUUUCCUCAAAGUCGAUGUUGACGAAUGUGAGGGAGUUUGCGAGAAGUAUAAAGUUUCAUCAAUGCCAACAUUCCUCUUUUUCAAGAAGGGUGCCAAGGUUGAUAACUUCUCAGGCGCAAAUGCUGGAAAACUUGCAACUCUUGUCGAGAAAUACUCACAAACUGCGUGA